AGGAUCCUGAAUUGUCAACGACACAGGACAAAAUUUAGGUUACGAUUUAAUGAAUUGAGUUAUCGAGUAAUAUUAUAAUUAUAUUAAUAAUGACCACACGUAAACCAAUAAACUGGUUUUUGACAGAAAAGGGUAGAACGUUUUCCUUUGCCUUAAUUACAGGCACGGGAAUUGCAUGUACCGUGGCUCGUUAUGGACCACAUACAUUUUUCUUGGAAAAGUAUAAACAUUUUGUACACCAUUACAGCAAUGGGCAGCCGGCACCUUUAGCCAAAGAACUUCGUGACCGGUAUUCGAAAUGCUUGGACAUCCUCAAUAUUUCUGAUGUUCAACGUAAAUUAAUUGUGCCGUUCAGUGUCUUUGGAUAUGAUUUAUUUCACGCUGGCAGUACAAACUCAAGGUUUGGAGUAGCCAUUGGUAUACCAGUGAACUUCAAAUAUAAAACCCUGGCUGAUUUAGAAGCUGAAGAUAUUAAGGUAAAUCAGAAGAAAGUAAAUUGGGAAUCGGAAACUGGCAGAAAGUUGGCAGAUGCUUUAAUAUUACCUGAAAAAGUACAAGAAUUUGCCAUUUGUAGAGAAAUAAUGAUGACACAGAAUAAUAAAAUAAUAUACGAAUCAGCAUACCCAUUUACAUGCUUGUUUUUUGCUUACAAUCUGUCUCAAUUUCUCAAUAGAAAGUUAAAUCUAUAUGCUGGCCCCCCUGCAUUAAGAGGCAUAUUAUAUACCAUAAUAGGAUUGUUUGCAUCAGGCACAUACUUUCUUAUGAAGGACAUGACUGAGAUUUAUUAUGAAACACAGACUGACCAUAGAUUAUGUGAACUGGGUCCUACAUUUGUUGAAAGUGGCAAAAUAUUUUAUGAAAAAAUAUUAAAUCGAAAUCAAGCACUCCGUGAAUUAAUGGGAAAGGAAGGUGAGAGUAAAUAUAGCAAACUUGGAAAUGAAAACUUUGGCAUACGCCAACCGCGAAUAGCAUUAGUACACAGAAAACAAUUUUUUGAACAGAAACUUAAUGAGUUAAAUAGUAAAAGUACAGAUGAUGCUAAUGAUGAUGAACUAUUAUAAUAACAUUGUAAAUAUUAGUUUAGUUGUUUGUUAUAAUUUAAUAGUAGAAAAAUAUAAAUAACAUUAAAAUGUGUUUUUUUUU